AUGAAGUCCUUGACUGAUGGAACUAAUGGUGGAAGUGGAACAUAUGAUCCUUCAGACGUUAACAGCCCAAUCAACAUCGAUUCGCCAACCAUAUUUAACAAUAUCGGAGAUUUGAGGCAAUUCGAUUUAUUAUCAGAAACUUCUACCCCGGAAAUAAAUAUAAACAAUAAAUCGAAAGUAAAAAUUUUAUCCAACAUUCCAGUAAAGUACCACAAUUUUAACAUUCAAGGAUUUAGUUCCAUUAAGCAAACAGAAUUUAAGGAGUUAAUUCAACAUCCAGUUCUUCAAGAUUUCGAGGAUGAUAUUGAGGAGCUAAUAAUCAAAUCUGAUUUCGGUCGUGAUCAGAAUACAUCUAUGAGAAUGGACUACGACAUCGAAACCAAAGAAAACGUCGAAGUAAUUGAAUUAAAAUAUGACUUAGACCAAUGGGUGGUCGUUGAAUAUAAAAUGAAGAAGAACUCACAGUAUUUCGUUGGUAAAAUCAUCGAUGAGUAG